AAGUGCUCCCCUAACGGUCACUUGCCUUUUUCGCAACGAAUAGCAGCCGACGAAGGAGGGAGAUUUCGAGAUUAUUAGAGUAAUGGAUGAAUGCAAAACCCUAGAAAUCCCUCUCCCCCGAAAGAGUUCCAAGAUCGCUCCGGGCUCUUCCGCUGUCUGAUCGAUCCGAUCGAUCCGAUCGUUGCUUUUGCGAGGAAGCCAUGGAUGCUGCUGCUGCUGCUGCUUGAUCAGGAGUCUCGUCGCCGCCUUCUCCUUCGCCGGAGGACUUGAAGCCCUUUUGAGAGAGAGAGAGAGGGAGGGGGAGGGAGAGGUGUCCGGCGAUGGGUUGCUUCCUCGCGUGCUUCGGCUCGUCGAAAGACGGGAGGCGGCGGCGGAAGCAGCGGGGGAAAGUCCAGCCUCGCGACCAGCGGAAUUCGGGUAGCCGGCCGGUUCAGUUUCCCGUCUCGUCCGGGCAAGAAAUCCCGGCGAAACCAGUUGCUUCGGUUACUGAUGUGCUUGAUAAGCCUGAAGAGACAUUGAGCUGCAGUACCCGGAAGAAAGUAACAUUUGAUUCGAAUGUUAAAACCUAUGAGCAUGUUUCGUCGCCUCCUGAUGAUGAUGAUGCUGAUGCUGGAGAAGAAACUUUACGGGAGAGUCGAGAUAUGGUCGAAUCGGAUGAUAAUUAUGAAAAGUUAAGUCAAGCUCAGUGUGCUUCUGAGGAUAGCUCGGUUGCGUCCAGCAUCAGGUCUUACCCUCCAAACCACAGGUACCAGAACUGUAGAGACAGCGACGAUGAAGAUGGGGACUUGGAUUGCAAUGUGAGUAAUCUUACUGAUGAUGAUUAUGAUGACGACCACGACGGCGAUGAGGAUGAAGGUCAGGACUCCAGUGAGAUAUAUGAGGGCGAUGAUGAGAUCGAAGAAACGAGGGCAGUUCGCCCAACUCCUAGUGAGGUUUGCAAUCCUGAACACAUGCGCCGCGAAUCUCCUGUAGCGGAGAUGAACCCUACUAAGUUGAAUGUGAAUGCUCGAGAUAGGAGUGUGUACAUCCAUUCAGUGUUGAAUCCUGUCGAAAAUCUAACUCAAUGGAAGGCCGUGAAAGCGAAAGGGACGCCACUGCCGAAGCACCAAAAGGAGAAUUUGAGCUUUGACCAAGAAGCUAGGAUGUCAUUCGACACUGCACCAGCUUCGAAGGAAGUAUCAUUCAGUUUCAAGGCAAAACCGAUUGAGACAAAGAAAUCUACCCAAGAAGUAGCUGUGGAUGCUAGCCUUUCAAACUGGUUGCCUUCCUCAGUAACUACACCGAUUGAAAAGAAGAGCGCAAUGACUUUGGACUCUGUCCAAGUCGAGACCAGAGUGGUAAAAGGAUUUAUGAGCUCACCGAGGAGCCAAGAAGAUAGACCAAUUUUGGGUGCAUUGACUGUUGAAGAACUCAGACAGUUUUCAGCCAAGUCUUCACCAAGGAAGUCACCGAGCAGAAGUCCCGACGAGAUGCCCAUAAUUGGGAUAGUCGGAACAUACUGGAGCCAGUCGGAUUCGGUCGGCAAUUCUUGCUCAACGGCUUCCUUCAAAGGAAUACCAAACACCACCAGCAAAUACGGAGAGGAUAAGAAAGUGAAUUGGCACUCCACCCCUUUUGAGACAAGGUUGGAGAGAGCUUUAAACAGGGGAGCUCAUCAACUGUAAUCCGUGCGUACACAUUCUUCUAUAGGUUCUCGAGAUGGUUUGCGUGUGCUCACGUUUGUCAUUUUUUCCAUUCUUUUGUGAAUUCGAUUCUGUUUAUUGUGUGGUGGUAUAUGGUUGGCUGAUGUUUUUGGCUUUAUGCUAUUCAAUGUUUGUACAAUCUGAUCUGUUAUAGUUACAUGUACCUGUGUGAUAAAAGAGUUGAUGUUGAACAGAUAUAGUGAAAUGAGUUUUUCUAUUGAGAGUGAAAUCAUAUCUAAAUUGUGUUAA